AUGGGUGGUUGCUUCUCUUCUCCUCGCAUGGGUGGUGACUUCGGCCCAGGACCUCGCCCGCAUGGCGGUCCUGGCUUUGGCGGUGGCAUGGGAAUGGAUAUGGGUGGUGGAUUUGGACAACACCAUCAUCACGGCGGGCCAGGGUUCGGAGGUGGAGGCUUUGGGGGUCCUGGAGGCGGCUUCGGAGGGCCUGGUGGGGGUGGUGGAUUUGGACAUCAUGGAGGUGGCUUCGGAGGUCCUGGUGGUGGCUUUGGAGGCCCCGGCGGUGGUGGUGGUGGUGGCUUUGGUGGUGGUCCUGGUGGUGGACACGGCGGAGGUCCUGGUGGAUGGUAA